CACUUCUCCCAUAGAAUUUUAUUUUCGUUCAUCUCUGCAUACUGGUUGUACAAAUAAUAUAUCGAUUGCAUUCAAACUUUGAAUUUCGUUGUUGAGAUCAAUUAUGAGGUGCAGCAUACCAUGUCGCUUGGCUGGUCAUAACGGUCAUUUCAUUUUCUGUGUUGCCACCGCAUUUCAAUUCAAACUGGGCUUAUACAUCAUGCUAUCGGAUCGGCAGUGUUUCGUGAGAGCAGUCCGGUGGCUAACCCUAGUUUGUUUCCCAGUUUCGGCCAUCCUCCCGAGACUGUGAAUGUUGUCUAUAUCGAACCGAACCCGAAGCUGAUACAAAUAGAAUAGGUGCACCGACUUGAUGGAAAUACC